UGUUUGUGGGGAGCCCGCUGUGUGUGAUUCCCCCACUACACAGCCCCGGUCUGAGAGGAAGGGUCGGGAAAUCGCCAUGGCUGCGUCGCGGAUCGCCCCGGUGAAUAAGGGUUCAAAAACAAAGGCUUCAGAUGAAGGGGAUGCUCCUCCAGCCAAGAAAGGCCCGAUUUUCUAUGGGAGCUUGGAGGAGAAAGAGCGAGAGCGCCUCCUCAAAGGGGAGUCUGGGAUGAUGGGCAAGGAUGCGGUCAAAGCAGCUAUUGAGGCUGGCAACAUCAAUAUCACCAGUGGUGAAGUUUUUGACUUGGAAGAGCACAUCAGCGAGCGCCAGGCAGAGGUCCUGGCAGAGUUUGAGCGCCGGAAGCGUGCCAGGCAAAUCAAUGUUUCCACAGAUGACUCUGAGGUCAAGGCCUGCUUACGAGCCCUCGGGGAGCCCAUCACACUUUUUGGAGAGGGCCCUGCAGAAAGGAGGGAAAGGCUACGUAAUAUUCUGUCUGUGGUUGGCACAGACGCAUUGAAAAAGACCAAAAAAGAUGAUGAGAAGUCCAAGAAAUCAAAAGAGGAGUAUCAGCAAACCUGGUACCACGAAGGACCAAAUACCCUGAAGACGGCCAGACUGUGGAUCGCCAACUACUCCCUCCCUCGGGCAAUGAAGCGAUUGGAGGAAGCCCGGCUGCUCAAGGAGGUCCCUGAGGCCACACGGACAUCCCAGAAACAGGAGCUGCACAAAUCUCUAAGGUCUUUGAAUAAUUUCUGCAGCCAAAUUGGGGACGACCGGCCUAUCUCCUAUUGCAACUUCAGCCCCAACUCCAAGCUCCUGGCUACAGCUUGCUGGAGCGGUCUCUGUAAGCUGUGGUCUGUGCCGGAUUGUAAUCUCAUCCACACUUUGCGAGGGCACAACACCAACGUUGGAGCCAUUGUCUUUCACCCCAAGGCAACCAUCUCCCUGGACAAGAAGGACGUCAACCUGGCUUCAUGCGCAGCGGAUGGCUCUGUCAAACUCUGGAGUCUUGAAAGUGAUGAACCAGUGGCUGACAUCGAGGGACACACAGUGAGAGUUGCCCGGGUGGCAUGGCAUCCCUCUGGCAGGUUUCUGGGCACCACCUGCUAUGACCACUCUUGGCGCCUGUGGGACCUGGAGGCUCAGGAGGAGAUCUUGCACCAGGAGGGGCACAGCAAAGGAGUCUACGACAUCACCUUCCAUGUUGAUGGCUCCCUUUCUGCCACUGGUGGCCUUGAUGCAUUUGGCCGCGUUUGGGAUCUGCGCACGGGGCGUUGUAUCAUGUUUUUGGAGGGUCAUCUCAAGGAGAUCUAUGGGAUCAACUUUUCCCCUAACGGGUACCACAUUGCCACUGGCAGCGGCGACAACACCUGUAAAGUGUGGGAUCUCCGCCAGAGAAAGUGCAUCUACACCAUCCCUGCCCAUCAGAACCUGGUGACAGGAGUGAAAUUUGAACCAAAUCAUGGCAACUUCUUGCUUACCGGAGCUUACGACAACACAGCCAAGGUCUGGACGCACCCAGGCUCAUCACCGCUGAAAACCUUGGCAGGACACGAGGGCAAAGUCAUGGGCUUGGACAUCUCCCUGGAUGGGCAGCUGAUCGCCACAUGCUCUUAUGACAGGACUUUCAAGCUUUGGAUGGCAGAGUAGGGGGAAGGAGCAUUUCUGCCAGAUUGGCCCUGCCCAGCUCCCGCAGCCAAGGAAGGCAGCCUGCUGUGACACCCUGGGACUCCGCCACAGAUGGCUUGAUGUCCUUCUGGGAUACUGCCGCCUCCUCACA